ACAGCUGUGCGUCGGGCAAAUCCCCUCUGAAUAUAUAUGUGUAAUUAAGAGAAUAUGAGUUUUGAUUUAAUUCUUGAUGAAAUUGGAGAGUUUGGUGUAUGGCAGGUUUUAGUGUGUGGUAUUCUCUGGGUACCUCCUAUAGUAGGGGGGAUACAUGUACUCAUGUAUUCGUUUACAGGUUUUAUCCCUGAGAAGUUCCGUUGCCAGAUACCAGAAUGCGACCUAGACAACUUUACAUUUACAGAUUACAGUCCUUCAGAUAUAUUUCCUAGAGAUGAGGAUGGAGAUUAUGAUUACUGUUUUUACAAAACCCCAACUAUUAAUCCUGUUGAUGGGUCCUGCUCCUUCAAUAAUGAAGAUCCUUUCAUACCUUUCAUAAGUUGUCCCGAUGGAGCCAAGUUUGCUUAUGGAGAAUUUGAGUUUAAAGAUACCCUGGUGACAGAGCUGAAUCUUGUCUGUGGGGAGGGGUGGAAGGUUGCUUGGGUUGGUAGUGCAUACAUGUUCGGUUUAAUGGUUGGAAGCUUUCUUUGUGGAUUCUUAGCAGAUAAAUUUGGCAGGAAAAUUGCUCUCCUGAUUGCAAUCAUCAUUUCUUCUUCCGGAUCCCUGGUCGGAGCUUUUAUGCCGGAAUACUAUUCUUAUCUAUUCUCCAG